AUGGGUGAUCGACAGGAGGCACAAGUACAAGUGGCGGCGCUGCUCUGUGGUCUCGCUGCUGGAGUCUGUGAACCAAAUUGUUCCGGCAAGGCCUCAGGGGAUAAAGUCAAGGAUCCUUAUGAUUGCACUAAGUAUUAUGUCUGUUUGAGAGAUGGGAUCCCUUCGGACACUUCUUUACCUUGCAUACCUGGCGGUUUUUUCAGCGAAAUUGCAAAUCCCCCAGAUUGUGUACCAUCACUUUCAUGUGACUGGGAUGUAUGCGUUGCAAAACCUUGCCAUCUAGUAUGCAAGAGCAAUUUGGAUAGGAUCGUAGAUAAAAAUAAUUGCAGCAGGUUCUAUCAUUGCCAAAACGGAGACAUUCAGGGGCCCUUUGACUGUCCCGCUGCCACACCCUAUUUUGAUGGCAUUAAUUGUAUGUCUAACCAAGACGUAUGCUGCGACCUGUGUAUUGCUUACUGCCCUAACUAUAUCACAGAGAUACCCGACCCGUACGACUGCAAUAUGUACUACUUCUGUCAAACCGCUGGAGAAGUCAACAGUGCGAAUCAUUUCUCCUGCCCUGCAGGAGAAAUGUAUGACCCAACAGCAGGUCAUUGUGUGGCUGGCGACGCUUGUACCCCACUAUGUGGCACGAAUAAUAACUGCCAGGAUUCUAUGACGUGUACGUCAGUGGGUUUUUUUCCCAAGUGCAAGACAUGUGAGUCUCAGUACUUCGACUGUCAGUACGUCGGACUGCAAGCCAUAGUUGGUGACUGUUUAGGAGACAAGGUCUUCAACACGGACCCCGACUACCCUCACUGCAUCCCUCCCGAGGAAUGUCCCUUCCACCCACCACACUAAAUCCACCACACACUGCCCUCCACCACCCACUGCCCUCCACCACCCACUGCCCUCCACCACCCACUACCCGCCACCACCCAAUGCCCUCCACCACCCACAGCCCUCCACC